AUGGACUGGGAAUGGACUGGGAGCACUGGGAGCAACUACGAGCGCUCGAGGGAGAGGGAGGAGAGGCGCAGGGAGGACUGGAGUGACCGGGACUGGGAGCGGGGCCGCGAGCGCCGCAGCCGCGAUUACCGGGACUACGAGCGCAGCCGGCGGGAGCGAUUCUCCCCGCCCAGGCACGAGCUGAGCCCGCCCCAGAAACGGCUGCGCAGGGACUGGUCCCCGAUCCGGGCGGUUCUGGCCCCGGUCCGCAGGUUCCGCUCCAAGUACCACCCCGACGAGGCCGGGCGGCGGCAGCAGGAGGCGCAGGCCGCCCUCAGGAACCGCCUGGGCGUCUUCCUCUACCUCUGGGAGCACGGCUGGUUCGACAACCUGCUGCUGGACAUCGACCGCGCCCCGCAGAUCAUCAAGACCCUGGACGCGGCGGUGAUUAAGAUGGAGGGGGGCACGGAGCACGACCUGCGGAUCCUGGAGCAGGAGGAGGAGGAGGAGCGGGCGGACAAGGCCGAAGGCCCCAAGAAAGAGGAGCCGAGACCCCCAGAGCCCCCCGGGAAGGGCCCCCCCGAGCGCCCCGAGGGCGACGACAGCGCCAAGGCCGAAGGGGCGGAGCCAGGGGCGGAGCCUGCAGCAGGGGCGGGGCCAGAGGAGGAGGAGGGGCCGGACAAGGGGCCCAAGGCCGAGGAAGGCGACAAGGAGGGCGGGGCCAAGGCGCGGCCGCGGCAGCGCAGCCGGGACAGCGAGGACGGGGACAGCGACAGCGGGGACAGCGAGGGGACACGCAGGGGACAGCCCCACAAGGAUGGUGAGGGGCCCCAAAUCCCCCAAAUCCCCCAAACGCCGCUGUGCCCCCAGCUGUGCAAGCGCUACCCCGGGUUCAUGCGCGUGGCGCUGUCGGAGCCGCAGCCCGAGCGGAGGUUUUUCAGGAGGGGCUGGGUGACCUUCGACCGCAGCGUGAACAUCAAGGAGAUCUGCUGGAGCCUGCAGAACAUCCGCCUGCGGGAGUGCGAGCUGAGCCCCGGCGUGAACCGCGACCUGACGCGGCGCGUGCGCAACGUCUCGGGGCUGACGCAGCACCGGCCCAUCGUGCGCCACGACAUCAAGCUGGCGGCGCGCCUGGUGCAGGCGCUGGACGCCCGCGCGCGCCUCUGGAGCCCCCCCGGUGCCACCACGGGGGACACGGCCGGGGACAGCGCCG